AUGCUCAUUGAUUUGGCCGCACCGCAUGUUUCCGCGCACCGCUGGGCUCAGCCGCGUUGGACGCGAAGGGCGCGCUUUGAGGCGGGCGGCGCGACGACGCACAGGUGCACGGGAGGCGCGCUGUGGCUGGCGGCGGUGACGGCGGCGUGGGCGCUGGCGUCGGCGGGGGCGGCGCCGCUGGCGGCGGGCGGCUGGUAGGUGGCAACAGGUCGUCAAAACGCACGGCUGCCAUCAAAUACCGCUGACGUUCCCAUGAAGUCGCCGACAACGAUGUCGAUUGCAGGGCUGCCCCGCGACGACAUGAUCACCUCCCAGUGACAGAAUGUCUCGAACGUGCAACGUUCUCUUCUGGCGGAGGCUGUUCGCAAAAGCGAUUCUCAGUCGGCGACAUUCAUGUCCUUCGAAAACGUCAAAGAGGUAAAUGGUGAUAAACUUAUAUAUACAUAUAUAUUACUUCGUCAUGUUUGUGUAUAAAUUUGUUUAUUAAUUAUUGUACAAAAUAUAUUAUGAUACAGAAUAAUUAACAGGGUAAUCUAUUAUAAACGUUUCAAAUAAAAAUAAAAUUUUGAAAAAAGUCGAAUAGCUUUUAUUUUAAGAAUGCUGGGAAAUAUAAACCAAACUAUAAAUAAACGAAUGGAAUAUGUAGAAAAUGUUGAUAUAAUUUCACACACAAAUGUCAAUAUUCAUUUCCAAAGGCGUUCGCAUAGGAAGGAGCAUGAUAAAUCAAACUAAGUAUUUGUUAAUACAUGCUUUUCUAUGUUUUUUGGGUGUAGGUUUAAGAGACCUAUAUUUCAUUGUUAUUGUCUAAAAGUUAAAGAAUUUGUUCAUGAUGAAUUUAACGAUAAUAAAAGGCCUCUACGAUAUUUCACUGUAAUUUCGAUAACGAUACAAAAAGUUUCAUCACACAUCUGUCUACAACUUCUCUCCACUUCGAAGACAAUUUCGAGAGACUGUGAACUGAUAAACUGUAAAGUGAUAAAACACAAACUCUGUGAGAGACUUGAACAAUGUGUUUCCGCUUUCACUCCUUCUCUGUAGUUUCGCAGAAGUAUGUGGUUGCUAAAAUUCUCUCUGUAUGUGCUUGUUUCCCAGGGGUCACAUGUUUUUUGUGCAAUCACUGAUAAAACAUUACUUGACGAUAUACGAGGUUUAAACAAAACUAACGUCUCCAAUUAUAUAGCAAACCGUUUGUGUAUAAUUACAUUUACAUUAUUGUGUUUUCAUUGUAGUAUAUAAAACUGUACUUUAUCAUAUGAAAUAAAACAAGAUGUGUGUUUUGGAUCCUCACCUCUUUGAGGUUUAAAACGUUUUCCUUUUGCUAUUAAUAUUUCAAUAAACAUUUCGUUUCUAAUGAUGGAAAAUAUGGUUAAAUACUGUGAAAUAAAAAGUAUUUAAAAAUAUAACAAUGCUUGAAAAAUUACCGCAAGUGAAAUAAACCAUCAGUUUGAUAAAAAAAUUGGAAAAUUAAAAUGUUUCCGAUGUAACUCGUAGAAAUACAAACCUAGCAAUUGAGAAAAAUAACUUCCAUAAUUUUCAUUGUGGGCGUGGGAAAUUAAGUUCUACCAAGAGACCAAUUAAGUUCUAUCAGUUGUAGUCGUAUAAUUAAAAAAAUAUGGAAAUUCGUAUAUCUCUUAUCUUUCAGAAAAACGUUUACAGUGACGAGAGAAAUUGUUGGGGAAAUGGUCUGGACAGGGAAGUAUAAUGGCCCAGUUGUAUUGUCUUUCCAGAACACUUUCAUUUUUCUGUAAUUUGUUAUACAAUCGGAGACCUUAGUUAGUCAUCGACCCUCGUUUAACUGUGACAGCUGUCACCUUGUUACUGAAUUCCUAGCAUUCAUACGAAGGACCAGAUGAAUAGGUAGUCAUGUUUGUAUUUCCUGUACUAUGUUGUUUCUGGCGGGGGCCUAACAAUUUACUGUAUUAGUCAUUAUGGUAUAACACAUGUUAUUUGUAUAUGCUGCUAGAGAGUUUUUCCAAGCGCAUGUUUCAAAUGUGAAAAAUAACGCUUUAAACUCUAUGGAUGUUUGUAAAGUGAAGAAGGCAGACGCUGUUUACACUGUACUUGACCCGUGGCUAAGAAUGAGAGAUUUUAACAAAGUCAUCCUGAAUCCUUUUCUGUAGGAGUUUUCUAUAUGAAGAUGUAUUUUUAAAGGCAAUUAAAACAUUAUUUCAAAUUAAA